AUGGGCAAGCUCACCAGCACGAUCGGUAUCCCGAUCAAGCUCCUCAACGAAUCGCAGGGCCAUGAUGUGACUAUCGAACUCACAACCGGUGUUACUUACCGAGGAAGACUGCUGGAAGAGACAAUCUGCUCUCGAAUUAUUUCGCUGACUUCUUUCCCCCUUCCUACAGCCGAAGAUAGUAUGAACGUGCAAAUGUCCGGUGUCACUGUUACCGCCCGCGACGGCAAAGUCUCCCACCUAGAGCAGAUCUACAUUCGAGGCAGCAACAUUCGAUACUUCAUUAUUCCCGACAUGCUGAAGAACGCUGCCAUGUUCAAGACUCGCAACCAGCGUGGACGUGGUGUUGGUUUAGCGCGUGGUAAGGCCACUGUUCAGCGGGCACGCGCUGGUCGCGGUGGACCUCCUGGACGAGGCUAG